CCUCGCCCUGAACGUCUGUCAACAACAACAGCGACAACAUCACUUGCAUGAUUAUUGAUGACAUCACAGAUUCCACACGUAUCCAAGUGCUCUAGACUGGUAAAACAUCAAGGCAUAGGCGCACUCUUCAGAAGUCUACCUCCAGUUUUUCUUGGUUUGGUAACUUGGGCUUUUUUUUGUCGGGAGUUUUUUUCUGCCAGGACGCUGGUUCUUGUCUAGUCCAGUGGAUAUCCUAUCAAGGCUAACCUUCCACGAACUGGAAUACAGUGCAUUUUUACUCAUAAUUUCACCCACUGGUCAAGCUCCAUCGUCGGCAGCUCCCGGUUCUCUUCUCUGGCGGGAGGUUAGCAGAAGGCAUAGGGUUGUGGAGGUAUGACUGCGUUGGCUGGGGCAAUACCAAGGAUGAUGCGCCCCAUGCUGGCGCAGAACUACCCCCACAGUGGCUUCCCACUGGAAGUCUCAACCCCGUUAGGCCAAGGCAGAAUGAACCAGCUCGGGGGAGUUUUCAUAAAUGGCAGACCUUUGCCCAACCAUAUCCGCCAUAAGAUCGUCGAAAUGGCCCACCAAGGCAUCAGGCCAUGCGUAAUCUCCCGUCAGCUCCGCGUCUCUCACGGUUGCGUUUCUAAAAUCCUCUGCCGAUACCAAGAGACCGGCUCUAUUCGGCCCGGGGCCAUCGGGGGAAGCAAACCCAAGCAGGGGACGACGCCUGAUGUUGAGAAGAGAAUAGAGGAGUACAAGCGGGACAACCCGGGUAUGUUUAGCUGGGAGAUUCGGGAUAAAUUACUGAUGGAUGGGAUAUGUGACCGGAACACCGUUCCAUCAGUGAGCUCUAUCAGUCGCAUCAUGAGGAGUAAAUUCGGAGGGAAUGGAGAUGACGAUGAUGAUGAAGAUGAAAUUGAGAAAAAGGAAUUAGAAGAACACGAACGGCGGGCCAAACACAGCAUCGAGGGCAUCUUAGGAGACCGAUCGAGCCACUCAGAUGAGGGGUCGGACGUGGAGUCUGAACCAGACCUGCCUCUGAAGAGGAAGCAGCGCCGCAGUAGAACCACCUUCACUGCCGAACAGCUGGAUGAGCUGGAGAGAGCCUUUGAACGAACACACUACCCUGACAUCUACACCAGGGAAGAGCUGGCUCAGAGGGCCAAACUCACAGAGGCCAGAGUUCAGGUGUGGUUCAGUAACAGAAGAGCCCGGUGGAGGAAGCAGGCUGGAGCUAGUCAGCUCAUGGCCUUCAAUCACCUGAUCCCUGGGGGCUUCCCGCCCUCUGCCAUGUCCAGUCUCUCACCUUAUCAGCUGUCUGACAGCCCGUAUCCCCCUACAUCCAUAUCACAAGUGGUGUCGGAGCAGGCCAGCACGCUGCACCGGCCCCAGCCCCUGCCCCCGUCCUCAGGCCACCACCAGAGCUCAGGAGGGGGAGGACAGGAUGGGGGGUCUGCCUACUGCCUGGCCUCUGGACGCCACAGCUUCUCAGGCUACUCCGACAGCUUCGUCACGUCAGGAGGCCCUCCCAUGAACCCUGCCAUCAGCAAUGGCCUCUCUUCACAGGUGAUGGGUCUGUUGAACCCAGGUGGGGUGCCCCACCAGCCCCAGAGUGACUAUGCCCUCUCCCCCCUGACAGGAGGCCUGGAGCCCCCUGGGGGCAUGGGGGCCAGCUGCUCCCAGCGUCUGGAGCACAUCAAGGGUCUGGAGGGCCUGUCCAGUGUCCCCAACAUCCCCAGUCUCCCCUCGCUGCCCAACUCCCAGUCCUACUGCCCGUCCUCCUACAGCGCUCCUGCCUACAGCGUGGACCCUGUGGCCUCCUACCAGUAUGGGCAGUACCACGGACAAAGUAAGGUGCCCUUCAUUAUCUGAGACCUGAGAUCACCUGAGGUUCUGCCCCUCUAAGUGUCCCCCCACCACCUCCACCUCUGGCCCAACCCAGUCUCCACCUCCGGCCCAGCCCAGUCUCCACCUCUGGCCCAACCCAGUCUCCACCUCUGACCCAAUCCAGUCUCCACCUCUGACCCAACCCAGUCUCCACCUCUGACCCAGCCCAGUCUCCACCUCUGGCCCAACCCAGUCUCCACCUCUGACCCAGCCCAGUCUCCACCUCUGGCCCAACCCAGUCUCCACCUCUGGCCCAACCCAGUCUCCACCUCUGACCCAGCCCAGUCUCCACCUCUGACCCAGCCCAGUCUCCACCUCUGACCCAACCCAGUCUCCACCUCUGACCCAGCCCAGUCUCCACCUCUGGCCCAACCCAGUCUCCACCUCUGGCCCAACCCAGUCUCCACCUCUGGCCCAACCCAGUCUCCACCUCUGACCCAACCCAGUCUCCACCUCUGACCCAGCCCAGUCUCCACCUCUGGCCCAACCCAGUCUCCACCUCUGACCCAGCCCAGUCUCCACCUCUGGCCCAACCCAGUCUCCACCUCUGGCCCAACCCAGUCUCCACCUCUGACCCAGCCCA